CUGGGAGGCGAAGCGCUGCGCCUCUGCGUCAGCAAAGGCUCUCUGCCCUUUCCCCAGAGUGGGGAUUAUUGAUUUGGAAGGCGAGGCUAAUUUACAUGUAAAUAAAUCUGAGCCGGCCUCGGGGUGGGACGUCCAGAUGUGGUGACUGACUUGCUGACAUCACGGCCUUAUUAGCAUGCGGAGGAUGCAGGCACUGCAACAGCGACUUCUCUGGCACCAUCAGCCGCUCCGCUGCCGACAGUUAUUAUUUUUUGGCCAAGCUGCACAUUUCCUGGCUCGGGGGCUUGGACUGUGCACGAAGCUCGCCGGUCUUCCCAGACUGGCUCGGGAUCAGUUGGUGACGCUGAGGCUGGGCUCUGUGACUUCCUUUAGACUGUCGUGAAGGAGGAGAGUUCAGAGGAAAUGAGGGUGGCUGGGGAGCUCAGGCAGACCAGGAGGAAGGGUAGAAGCCACACUUUCCUGGGCUCACUGGAGCUCUGAGCAGGACCUGGACCCAGCAAUAGUGGAGAGGUACAGAGCUGCCUGGGCUGGAGUCUGCUGCUGUUGUCUGUCAGGAGGGGCUCAGAUUUGCAAAGGCGUCAGAAGAGAAGAUGCAUUGGCUGCUCGAGGUCCUGCUUGCGUUCUUAGAAACCAGAUCCAGGGAGAAAGUGAACCGGGGCAAUUGACAAGCUCCAGGAUCUGGGAGAAGCUUCCUCGGAAACUGGGUAUCUCGUCCUCCCCAGAGGAAGAUCUGCCUGCACUGCAAGUGUCGCCAGGAGGAGCACAUGGUGACCGUGAUGCCACUGGAGAUGGAGAAGACCAUCAGCAAGCUCAUGUUUGACUUCCAGAGAAACUCGACCUCGGAUGACGACUCAGGCUGUGCCUUGGAGGAGUACGCCUGGGUCCCGCCGGGGCUGAAGCCGGAGCAGGUGCACCAGUACUACAGCUGCCUCCCUGAAGAGAAAGUUCCGUAUGUCAACAGCCCUGGAGAGAAAUUGCGCAUCAAGCAGCUCCUCCACCAGCUGCCACCACACGACAAUGAGGUCCGAUACUGCAACUCCCUGGAUGAGGAGGAGAAGAGGGAGCUGAAGCUGUUCAGCAAUCAGAGGAAACGUGAGAAUCUGGGCCGAGGGAAUGUCAGGCCCUUCCCUGUCACCAUGACUGGAGCCAUUUGUGAGCAGUGUGGAGGCCAGAUUAACGGCGGGGACAUUGCUGUCUUCGCGUCACGCGCUGGCCAUGGCGUCUGCUGGCACCCGCCCUGCUUCAUAUGCACCGUCUGCAAUGAGCUCCUGGUAGAUUUGAUCUACUUUUACCAAGACGGGAAGAUCUACUGUGGCAGGCAUCACGCGGAAUGCCUGAAGCCACGCUGCGCGGCCUGCGACGAGAUCAUCUUCGCAGACGAAUGCACCGAAGCGGAGGGGCGGCACUGGCACAUGAAACACUUCUGCUGCUUCGAGUGCGAGACGGUGCUGGGCGGCCAGCGCUAUAUCAUGAAGGAGGGAAGGCCCUACUGCUGCCACUGCUUUGAGUCCUUGUACGCGGAAUACUGUGACACCUGUGCCCAGCACAUCGGAAUCGACCAGGGUCAGAUGACCUAUGAUGGCCAGCACUGGCAUGCCACUGAGACCUGCUUCUGCUGCGCUCACUGCAAGAAGUCCCUCCUGGGGCGGCCGUUCCUCCCAAAGCAGGGCCAGAUAUUCUGCUCCCGAGCCUGCAGUGCUGGCGAGGACCCCAACGGCUCUGACUCGUCUGACUCGGCCUUCCAGAACGCUAGAGCCAAGGAGUCCCGGCGCAGCGCAAAGAUUGGGAAGAACAAGAGCAAGACCGAGGAGGCCAUGCUAAGCCCGCACAACCAGCUACAGGUGAGCUCGAACCGGCUGUCGGCAGACGUGGACCCCCUGUCCCUGCAGAUGGACCUGCUCAGCCUGUCCAGCCAGACCCCCAGCCUCAACCGGGAUCCCAUUUGGAGGAGCCGAGAGGAGCCCUACCACUACGGGAACAAGAUGGAGCAGAGCCAGUCCCAGAGUCCUUUGCAGCUGCUCAGCCAGUGCAACAUCAGAACUUCCUACAGCCCAGGAGGACAGGGCGCCGGGGCCCAGCCCGACAUGUGGCCCAAGCACUUCAGCAACCCCAAGAGGAGCUCAUCACUGGCCAUGAAGGGGCACGGUGGCAGCUUCAUCAAGGAGUGCCGUGAGGACUACUACCCAGGGCGGCUGCGGUCCCAGGAGAGCUACAGCGACAUGUCCAGUCAGAGCUUCAGUGAAACCCGGGGCAGCAUCCAAGUCCCCAAGUAUGAGGAAGAAGAGGAGGAGGCAGGGGGCAUGGCUGCCCAGCAAUGCCGGACCCGCCUCCCAAUCAGCUCACUGAAGUACACAGAGGACAUGACACCCACAGAGCAGACUCCCCGAGGCUCCAUGGAAUCACUGGCCCUGUCCAACACCACAGGCUUCUCUGCUGAAGGCGGUGCCAAACGCCAGGAGCACCUGUCCCGCUUUUCCAUGCCUGAUCUCAGCAAGGACUCGGGGAUGAACGUGUCCGAGAAGCUGAGCACCAUGGGCACCCUCAACUCGUCCAUGCAGUUCCGCAGCGCCGAAUCCGUGCGCAGCCUGCUGUCUGCGCAGCAGUACCAGGAGAUGGAGGGGAACCUCCACCAGCUCGGCACCCCCGUGGGGUACCGAGACCUGCAGGGCCGCGGACGCAUGCACCAGAGCUUCGACUUCGACGGGGGCCUGACGGGCGGCCAGCUGCCGGGGCCAGAGGGCGCACGGAUGCAGCCACUGAGCGAGCGCACCCGGCGGAGAGCCACCUCGCGCGAAGGCGAUGCGCGCCGGCCGCGCCCGCACCGCUCCCGCCGCUCGCGCCGCUCGCGCUCGGACAACGCGCUGCACCUGGCCGGCGAGCGCGAGGCGCUGUCGCGGCUGAAGGAGCGGCCGCCCCUGCGCGCCCGGGAGGACUACGACCAGUUCGUGCGCCAGCGCAGCUUCCAGGAGAGCCUGGGCCCUGGGUCCCGGCGGGACCUGUACGGCCAGUGCCCCCGGACUGUGUCGGACCUGGCUUUGCAGAACGCCUUUGGGGAGCGGUGGGGACCCUACUUCACCGAGUACGACUGGUGCUCCACCUGCUCCUCCUCAUCCGAGUCCGACAACGAAGGCUACUUCCUCGGCGAGCCGAUCCCCCAGCCGGCCCGCCUGCGGUAUGUCACCAGCGACGAGCUGCUGCACAAGUACAGCUCCUACGGGGUCCCCCAGUCCUCCACCUUGGGCGGCCGUGGACAGUUGCACAGCAGGAAAAGACAAAAGAGCAAAAACUGUAUCAUUUCCUAAUAAGGUGGUGUCGGGGUGCGGAGAAACGGGGGCUAAGAAUGUAGAUUCAGAAACUUGCACUGCUGAUCUUAGGGCGCUUGGGGGUGGCCCGUUGGGGAGGUCAGGCUCUCGGCUGGCGGCCGCGAGGUCGCAGAGAAACUCAUGGGUAGUCACCGUUCUCGGCAUGUUGAACUUUGUUUGCACAUUAACCUUUGGAAACAGAAUAGACUCUGGAAGCUAGGGCUGGUCACCACUCCCCUCGUGUCCUGUUUUGGUGGCCACUCACAGACGGCAAACUGUUCCCCGCUCGCUUCUAUCUUUCCAGUUCACUUCCUUUUAGAACCCCUUUUCCAGUAAGUAAUUUUGUUUAUUAGCCAGAACCUGAGACUAAGUUAUUCACUUGUCCAUUGUAAAUGCAAUGUAAAUGAGAGUUCUGAUAAAAUAUUUUUGUAUUUUGUAAUAUCAAAGAAUUUCUAUAUCGUAGCGGGGACUUGCAUGCACAUCCAGCCUUGUCUUUGAGUAGUAUUCAAAGGUGGCCCAGGACCACCUUUUUUUUUUCUAUACAAAUUUGUUACAUGUCAGUGAGACUUUUUUCAAAGGAAUAUAUUCAAUUGGCUUUUUGUAGUUGAAAAAAAAUUAUUCUUCCCAAAGCAUUUGAUGCUCUGUUCCACCUUGGGGAGCUAUCCUUAAACACUCGCCCACCCCCUGUAGAAUUUAUUCUCUACAAAGUGAUAGUACUUUUCUUAAUUGCGAAAGUAACUUCUGCUGGGUCAGUACAGUCCCGUGAGAAACGCCAUCCCAGCUGGGAACGUUGAAGUUGCUUAAUCUUGAUCUGUCCCUCGGGGGAACCUAGGUGACCGUAAAUGGUGCCCUUGUGUGCCGUCAGCAUGACGUCGUUCUGACAUUAUUUUCUGGUGCUCAUGUUUCCUGGAUUGUAUUACCUGCUUUCCUUCUCCAAGGCAGACAGAGCUGCUGCCUUAGCCUGACAACCGGUUGUCCUCAGAGCAAAUGAACUGGAGCGUUUGGAACUGAGGGACAGAUGGGUUCCGGGGGGCCGCAGGCAGGAUGGUGUGUGGCCUGCUCCCAACAGAGAGGAACAAGCAGUCUGGAUGAAGUUAGCAAAAGGGUCAGAGGAGUGGGGGUCGGAAGAAGACAGAAGUAACGGAGGGGCCACGCUGGCCUUGAGUAGCCCCCUAGCGUUAGUAGAGAAUCCAGUUUAACAAACUUUGUAAGCAGAGUGGCUGGGUCACCCCGGAAGGCGGGCUGCUGAGAUUUCAGGGUUAGGAGUCAGAGAAACAGACUUUGUUAAGAGAGAUUUCCAUUGUGAACUUCGAAGACUGUUGGUCAGACAGAAAACGGGCUCAAAAGUGAGUUUGCUUACAGACGACACUGAACGGUUGUGCUGUUUAUAGUAAAAUAGAAUUUCCUGCCUAGCUUCAGUUAAAACUGAAGCACUUGCUCUUGGUCCCGCCCCCUCCUCUUCCCCUCAGUGGAUUGUAGCCGUGGAAAUGCUCCAACCGAGGACCCCCUUAGUGCGCUGUUCUGUCCACGUAGUCCACGGUGUGUCUCAGUGGCCAUCUGCCGUGGUGAGGUGAGCGUGGUCCCUUUUCAGUAUAGUAGUUAACAUUUUCUAGUAUUUCUAUGGAGGGAAUGUGAAAAGCGGCUUUCAGAUGCCAUCCCAGAUGGGUCUGGGGAAAGGAAAGCUGUAAAGAACACAAUAAUGACACUCCAUUCAGGAUGUUUUAAAAUAAUUUGCUUUUCAGGUAUUAAUAUGACAUUUGUCAUUGUCACUGAUUUUUUAGAAAAGCAAUGCAAAUGUUGGUUGUGACUAUUUUCCGCAUGCUAUCUUCAUAUCUAAAUGCUUCAUUAAUUAUCCAAGCCUCUGGAGAAUUAACUUUAAUGCGUUUGUAUAGUAGGUUUGUAAACUGCUUGGCAAAUUGAUUAAGAAAUUAUGCGUAACACCGUGCUACUCAAGUGGCAGGUUUCUGGUAGAAAUUGAGUGAGUCCAAUUGCGAAUUUUGAGUUCCUUGAUUGGUCACAAAUAAAAAGGCAUUGUUGGAAAAGACAAAAACAGGAAAGGUCAAUCUGUUAAGUUAGCAAAUGGUUGCAAAUGUGUUUAUCCUCUGUGGCCCCAAAUCCAGUGAAAGAAAUUCUCCCAUUUAAAGAAGUAGCUCUUACAUUUCCCAAACAAGAUUUUCACCAUCAGCAGCAAAAAAGGCGGCCUUGAAAUUGACCUAGCCUUACCCACAGGGACCUGGGUGCACAGGAAUCACCUCAGGCCUUGCUGUGGGAGCAUGUCCAGGGAUUUCCCCAGCUAGAGCUGAACAGAUGUCGAGAUGUGAGCUCAAGGGUCACACUCUACUAGCGAGAUGACCUCCAGCUCUCCUGCCAUGCAGAUUUCUUCAGUAGGGGGCCUUACAGAGAGGCUCACUGAUGGAGGACCAGUUCCUCCCCAUGAUGGUGGGGGCUCUAGUUGAGUACCCCAGGAAGACCGGAUGUCACUGUACUGAGACAUCUACCUUCUGUCAGUGAAAACUUACACGUACCAUUCUAGGACACAUUCCCAGGAACUCAGUGCACUCUUCUUCCAAGGUGAGAACCUGAGGUUCUCCCGUGAUUCCUCACUGUAACCCUCAGCUCUCCCUGAUCAAGUGCUCUGCUGAGCAGGACCGCACUCCCCUCUGGGAGAUUACCAUUUGCUUUCGGCUGGUUUUCAGAAGAGCCACCUUUUCCCAGUUUCCUCUCCUCUGAUGUCUUGACUGGUUUUCUUUCAGCCUCUUUCAUCCCUGGACUUGCCUUUGGUUAGAUCUGCAUCUUUAGAGUUCCAUCCACUUCUUAAUGCUGCUGGGUUCGGUGGCCACAGAACUAGAUUCUUUUCAGGCCCAGGAAGCAUCCGUCAUCGAGGCCACCCUUGGAACUGUGCAACCUUUUGGCUCUGAGCAUGGCAGUCAAGGUCUGUCUUUCUGUCAUUUAGCUUUGUGGUCUCUACCAAGUGUGAAGGAGACCACAGUGAGGAGAAUCAGACCAUGUGUCCUGGUUUUCCACAUGUCCAAGGGAGAGGCCUUGGUGUUGGUUUCUUGAUACCUUCUUUCCACAUUCACCUUUUUUAUUCUGUGGUCAUUCCUUUCUCUUUCCAACUAGUUGAGUGAACCAGUAGUUUUGUUUUUCUAAUAUGAGACGGAAGCAGUACUUUCUCCCCUCCUGUGCCAUAAUAAGGUGAUUAUUUCUUCUCCUACAGGAGUUUUCGCUCGUUGGGCUCUGCUAGCCAUCACUGAGCUUGCGCAGGGCCAGUAAUCACACAUACAGGCUCUUGUUCUGCCCACCCUGCCACCUGAGCAGAAGUCAGAAAGAUGUUGCUGUGUGCCUUCCACAAAAACAUGGACACAGCCUCAGAAGUCUUUGGCCACACUGGCCAGCCAGGACCAGUUGAUUAGAACCGAUCUUAUUUGGUAACAAAUCUUACUUAUUAACUGAUUCUUAUCUGUUUUCCUGCCCUGGCUCUCUUGCAUGGAAUAAAAACAGUACACUCAAUAUUUAGGAAGCAUCAAUCACGAAUAAUUGGGAGACUCCAUGUUCUCCAUCCUGCAGAUGCUGGUGGCUGAAGGAAGCUGACCUAGAAAUAAAUAAAGACAGAUUUCUUCAUCCUCCUUUUCUACACUCAUGUUGUUUACCAAUUAGCAUAGGCGGCCUUCAUUCAUUCUGCAUAGCUCAAGUAAGAAGUUUUCAUAUCUAAUCACACCUUCUAAUGAGAGAAGAAACAGACAUUUAAAUUACUAAAGGAGAAAUGCUCCUUGUGCAUUUCUAACAGAAACCAGAUGCUUCUGCCUGAGAAGGAGGAUCCAACCACGGGCCAGGAAAGUAGAAAAAUGAACCAGUUAUCCAGAUACUGGGCGUAGCAAGAAUUGCCGCUGGCAACUGCCUGGCUCUCCAGAACUUUAACAGGGGCUCUGCAGAUGGCUUCCACGAGCCUGCACUGCCGACUUGGAAGGCAUUGUAGGCUGCCACCUUUUGAGGUCCAUUUAUUUCAGUACAUGAACAGUGGAAAUGAAGGAAUUUGUCCCUCUGGACCUCAGCAGACACCAAAGCAUGGCAGCAUGACCAUUGAGAAGUUAUUAUCAAGGUCAAGAUCAAAAAAAGGAUUCCAUCCUUUUUCCACUUUCCCACAAGAGUAGUUCAGUGAAGAUGAGACUCCCGUACAACGUGACUCACUGUUGGGAGCUGUACAGUUUUAUAAGCUCAUUUCCUACCAACAAAACUAGCUUUGCUCAAGGGAAUAAAAAGGAGAGAAAAGUCACACAGUGUUAGGGAACAUUUCUGUGAUUUCUAUAUGAUGAAUCAGUAGGAUAGGAAAACGGUCUUGUUCUGCCUGGGAGUUUUCUGAGCUGUCUUUCACUCACUGGGCAUUUGGCGGAUGACGUCAGUAGGUCACUGAUCAAGCUUCUCGGAAAUUUUCAGAGUUACUUACCAAUAAGAUCUGUUCUCAGCCCUAUCAUAUGGAUUUCCAUAUUUUUCCUUAAAGUACCCUCGAUUCUAUCAUAGACUUCUAACUUAAUAUUCAUAAGCCUGUGGGUCCUCCCUCUUCUCUGGAAAAUGAGGGCUUUGACAGUAUUCCCCCCUAACCUUUGCCCACCUCCUGCUUUGAUUUUGCGUGCAUAAACCAAACUUCAAAGGGCCUGAGAAGGCGAGGCAGGCUGGAAUCUGCUGUGUGUCAAGUGUAAAGCUGUGUGUUGUUAAGAAGGCCUUCCACAGGCCUUUGCUGUGGGCUCUGCCAGAGACUGUUCUGAACAUUUUGCUUGAGAUCCGUGCCCUGUAAAAUGGAUAUGAUGUUUUACUGAUGUCUGUAAUACAUUUGUAAACUUCCAAUAAAAUUUGAAUAAAAGAAA